AUGGCUGAGCCUUCUUCUAUGGCCCCAAUCCAGUCCACGGCAUCCGCUUCUGUCCCCGUCCCGGAGGCGGAGACGGAGGCGGGUGCGGUGCCGGCGCCAUUGCCAGUUCCGCCGGCGAACGACCCGCCGAACCCGAACACAGCAGCGCCUCUCGAACCCCACGAAGACGAAGGCAAUGUCAAGGGAAACGAACUUUACAGAGGGUUCCUCAACUGCGGACGACCGCAUGUGCGUACCUUGGCCCCUGCAUCUCGAAUACUCAUCGGGUUUACGAUGGCGCAGACCGAGAUGGAUAGACUUGACGUGGCCCACGCGAUGAUGGUCAAGGCCGCGGGUAGCAGGCUGUAUAAUGCACCGCUAAAGAAGAAAAAGGUCCCGAGGAUUAUUGAUAUCGGAACGGGAGCAAGACUUUGUACGUAA